AUGUGGUCUUGGGGGCUCCUCGUCCGCCCGCUGCAGUGGUGGCAGCUCGCUCGCGCUCCUCAGCAACACGUCAUAGACUCGCUCUCGCCAAGCAACGGACUGUCGCCGUCAGGCAUCUCGACGCCACUGUUCGCGGAUCUCGAGCGCCUGUCCCGGCUGGUGGACAUAACGUAUUGCAUUGGCAAUACCGGCGUCCACAAGCCCUUUCAGUGCCUGUCGCGGUGCAACGAGUUCCCCGGCCUGUCGUUGGCCUCGACGUGGAGCACGGGGUUCCUCAUGGCCGACAGCUGCGGCUACAUUGCAGUGGACCAUGGGAGCAAAGGCAAGGGACGUCGGCACGGCGACGCCUCCCACACAGGGGACGGGCCUAGCAUCAUCGUCGCCUUCAGAGGCACGUACAGCGUCGCCAAUACAAUCGUGGACUUGGGCACCAUCCCCCAGGAGUACGUGCCUUAUCCGGCCCCGGACGACGACGACGACGACUUCCAGGAGAACUACCGUCGCAGGUGCGACAACUGCACCGUCCACAUGGGGUUCCUGCACUCGUGGCGCAUGGCCAGGGGGACAGUCGUGCCGCAACUCAAGGCGCUGAGGAAGAAGUAUCCGUCUUAUAGAAUGCACCUGGCCGGGCAUAGUCUCGGCGGUGCCGUGGCCUGUCUUGCGGCGUUGGAGCUGAAACUGUCGCUCGGCUGGGACAACUUGGUCGUGACGACAUUUGGCGAGCCUCGGGUCGGCAAUCACCAGCUGGCUCACUAUAUCGACAAGGCCUUUCAUCUCGACGGGGCGGCGAGUUCAGAACACAGGACCUACCGUCGCGUGACGCACAACAACGACCCGGUUCCUCUGCUGCCUCUGGAGGAAUGGGGAUACAAGCCUCACGGUGGAGAGAUUUACAUUUCCAAGCAGGAGCUCCAGCCUACCGAGCGGGACAUACGGACGUGUGUCGGCGACAGCGAUCCGGACUGCAGUGCCGGUGCCGAAGCCUCUUUACUCGGGGAUGUGCGACGACUGCUUCACUUCGCUCCUGCUUCGCCGUCUGUCGAGGCGCAUAUUGCGGCCAGAACGUUUCCGGCUCGUCUCAAGCUCUGGCAACUGUUUUUCGCACACCGGGACUACUUCUGGAGACUGGGCCUCUGUGUGCCGGGAGGAGAUGCGGCGAACUGGGGACAAGGAUGGUCAGGCGGCGUCGAGGCCGAGGAACUGUAG